AUGGCUCGCUCGCUCCCGCAAUGCGUCGACACGGUGAUCAUCGGCAACGGCCCCUCCGCCCUCAUCCUAUCCUACAUCCUGCACGGCCAUAUUCCCUACUACAUCGGUGCUCACUAUGACGGCAUUCUCGAUGCAAAGCUCUCCAAGGAACGAAGCCUGCUGCAUCUAACGCCCGACCUGUACGCGCAUUUCCUCUCUUCGCUGCGCUACUCGACACAGGCACUGCCCGUCAACACGCUCCUCGACACCCUCGUCCGGCCGAAUGCGGACACCGAGAUCAACCCGAAGUCAUGCGUGGAAUGGCGCCACGAGCCUGACAAGGCCAUCUCGCACCUUGCCAUUGGAGACACAGAGCACGUUGGCGGACAAUGGGCAGACAACCCGGUCUCUGCGAGCGCGGACAUUGGCGCCCUGAGCUACGCCGAACAGCUCUCGCUUCCAGGCUACUCCUACGCCGAUCAUCUGCGCAGGGUGGAGAAGGAGGAUGAAUGCGACUUUGUGCGUCCUUCUCGGACCGAAUUUGCCGACUACCUGCGAAGCUAUCCAGACGCUGUGGGCAUCUCAGAUUCAAUCUUCACGGGCACCAAGGUAGACCGAGUCUACCGCACCACAGACGGCUUCAUCAUCGGAUCGUUGGGCAUACGCUGCAAGCACCUGGUGCUCGCCUCUGGUAUCUUCACAGUCAACAUCCCGCCGCCCCCACUGCUUGCGCCCAUGGCCGAGCUGGACUCGAGAGACGCGCCACUACUCGUAAUCGGAUCUGGAUUCUCUGCCGCAGACGUCAUCCUCUCAGCACCACCCACCCGCAGAAUCCUGCAUGUCUUCCAAUGGGCUCCAGACAAGCGGCCGUCUCCAUUGCGUGGGUGCCAUCAUUCAGCCUACCCAGAAUACGCAACCGUAUACCGUCAGAUGAAGCUCGCCGCUAUUGCGUCGACCAAGAGCCGCGCCUCGCGAACGCCCCUCCCGCGUCGCAAAUCGGUCAACCAUCCUUUCUUCAGCCAGCGCGAUUGGUCCUUGUACGAGGGCUUCCCCAAUGCUGAGAUGACUGAUGUCUCCAUGUCCUCGUCCACAGGUACAGCAACAGUAACCCUGCGCCUGGCAACAGGCGAAUGCCGCACGUGCGAGGUCGGUGGGCUUGAAUACGUGGUCGGUCGCCGUGGCACUAUCGGCUUUCUCUCUCCAGCCUUGCAAGCCGAGAUUCUCUCGCCCACAAAUCUCGAGGAUAUCACGUCUACACAAAUUUCCGGUCGCACACUUCGGGCUAAAGCGGAAACGUCUCUCGAGGUUGCGAACAACGUGUUCAUCACCGGUAGCCUGACGGGCGACUCGCUGAUUCGUCACGCGGUCGGCGGGUGUGUGUUCGCUGCCGGACGAAUUUUGGGUGUCAUCCCACCCACCUUCUCACCAGCAUCUCCGACUACGCUCAGUCGCGCAAGUUCAACGCCGAGAUCAGCGAGUCCAACAUGCGACGAAAAGAGCGAAUCCACAGGCACAAGCCCUUUGUCCAGAGCGGCCAAAUCAGGUCUCAGCACUCCCGGUGAGCUGACAAACGGACACGCGGAUCUACAUGUGGAUCGGAGGAAGCUGGUAAGGAGUGUGGAAGUAGCAGCGGCGGAGAAUCGGUUCUGGGUUGACUCUGGGUGGUGGGCUGGAGGCCUGGGACCAAGAAGACCAGAGGUCUAG